UUUUCACAUGGAUGGAUGCUCUCGGAGUGUGUUUCCCUCAUCCAAUGUCUGUCUCAUUCCCUCAGGGAGCCGGUGGAUGAGGUGCUGCAGAUCCCCCCAUCACUGCUGACAUGCGGGGGGUGCCAGCAGAACAUCGGGGACCGCUAUUUCCUGAAGGCCAUCGACCAGUACUGGCAUGAGGACUGCCUCAGCUGCGACCUGUGCGGCUGCCGGCUCGGCGAGGUGGGCAGGCGCCUCUACUACAAACUGGGCAGGAAGCUCUGCAGGAGGGACUAUCUCAGGCUCUUUGGCCAGGAUGGGCUGUGCGCCUCCUGCGAGAAGCGGAUCCGGGCCUACGAGAUGACCAUGAGGGUGAAGGACAAGGUCUAUCACCUUGAGUGCUUCAAGUGUGCAGCCUGCCAGAAGCACUUCUGUGUGGGGGACAGGUACCUCCUCAUCAACUCAGACAUCGUGUGCGAGCAGGACAUCUACGAGUGGACUAAGAUCAAUGGCAUGAUCUAGCACAGACGUGCCUGGCGCUCUGUGACAGACACCUCCCGGGCCCAGCUGCACCCAGGAGAUCAUCCUUUGGGCUGUGGGCUUUGAAACAGGGGGAAACACCAAGCAGUCAGCCCUUGGCAGGCAGUGCUACGUAGAAUAUAAACUACACCCAGGUGAAGGAGGGAGAGCAAAGCAAUAGUAGCUAGACUGACUUCUGUUCACAGUACGGACAGUAACUGACAUCAGCUGGCAGCCGGGGACAGACACAGCACCAUAACCCAUCCUCCCAGCUGGAACAGAGUAGGGACUUCUGUAAAGAGAUGUUAUGACAUUGUCACCUGCAGACUAGGAUUGUGCAAUUCAGUUUUCUUUCUGUCUUGUUUUCAUUACUGAGUUUAGAUGACAAGCUCUCACAGUAGGCAUGACGAGGGAGGAAAGAGCCAUCCCUCACAUGCUCAUUCCAUAUGGUCUUACACUUUGGGUGGGAGUUAUUUUUGCAUGGAUUUUUUCUUUUUCCUUUGAGAAUGAACAGUGCAUCCUCUAGUCCCAAACUGUUCUUUUAAAAAACCCUGCUGAAUAGUUGUUUUCAGGCACUGCUGUCUCAAGGUGAGAUGUUCCCCAGAUCAUUUCUAUACAAAUAUAAAUCUAAAGAGUUGUUCAACUAUUUUAUUAACUUAGAUUAUAUCAAUAAAAUAUUUGUUGUGUGUAGUAAGACUCUGCAGCUUUAAUAAAAAUAAUGAAAUAUU